GUGGAUGAUGAGCAUGAGGAGAAGGUGUCGGCAGAGAAGAUGAAGGAGUGUCAAGUGGCACAGGCGCCCGAGCUGGCCGAGAUUUUCUCUGACGCCGCCACCUGCGUGGUGCUGCUGCGGAGAUAUUUGAGCCAGGCACAGUGGGUUGGCACCCUGAAUGGUGCACUGAUCUUCGAGAAAGACGGAGUGCUAUAUCCACUGGAGACCACCACACCUGUGCGCGAAAGCGCCACAGCCGGCGCCGAGUUGCUGAGUCUGGGUUCCCUCUUCGCGAUCGCUACCUUCCAUGGACACCUAGGCGGUGCGACACCAAAACUGCUAAAAAGUUUGAAGGCCAAAAAGCUCCCACCAUCGCGGCAUCUCCUGGAGCUCGCUGAUUAUCUCUUGGGCAGGCGCGACACCUGCUGCCUUUUGCUCAGUUCCAGCAAAGCCAAAGAGGUAUCACCUGCUCGACCUUCGCGCACAGUGCUUCCCAAGGGAAGCGGCGAGCCAACGCCUCUGGAGGAACUGAAAUCUUUGCCGGGACAGGUAGAAAGUGAUGAGAGCGAAGUGGAGAACGAAUCGUCCAGCUCGAGCGAUGUGACGCAGGGUGAACAGGGUGAAUCUGACCAUCGGCCAAAGACACCGCCGAAGGCAAUGGAGCCCGCUGAGCCGAACGGUAAAGUGUCGCAGGAGCUGCUGCCGCUACCGGAGCCGCCGGAGCUGGGCAAAAGGCGCCGGAUCCUGGACCUACGAAGCUCGUCAACCAAUCGCCCUGUGAAUUUGCGAGACCUGGCAGUGGUCCGUGCACGGUUGAUUCGGCCCGGUUCAAAGGAACCACUGCGCAGCGGAGUUAGCUGA